UUGGGAGUUGGUUGGCUGCUUGAGCCGCGGAGGCAGAGUGGAACUGGCUGCCGUACCGUCCGCUUCAGUAGUGCUGCUGCUGCUGCAGGAGGAGGAGGAGGAAGAGGAGCAGCAGCAGCGGGGCGGCCGGGUUGGAGAGAAGAGAUGAGGGGAAGGAGAGAACUGUGGGAGCGGAGGAGCUUGGAAAGAGGACAGGAAAGGCGAAGCCCGUCCUGAGAAGUUUAUCCCCCCCCCCCCUCAGGCAAAACGGCGGCAGCAGGAGCGUCUGUCCCGCGCGGCUUGGAGCGAAGUGGCUUCAAGCCGCCUCCCGCCCAGACUAUGGCGUUGAAGGACAACAGCGGAGGGGCCUCGGUGGCGCCCAGCAGCAGCAGUAGCAGCGCCUCGGCCACCAUCCUGCCCAUCAGCGACAUGGUGUCGUCGUCGUGCCCGUCCUCAUCGGGGUUGUGCUCCUUCCCGGAGGUGGUGGAGCUCAACGUGGGCGGGCAGGUGUACGUGACCCGCCACGCGACGCUCCUGAGCGUGCCGGACAGCACCUUGGCCCACAUGUUCUCCCCGCGGAGGGGAAACUCUGUGGGAGGAGGAAGCCCUCGCGAGCUGCCUCGGGACAGCCGGGCCCGCUUCUUCCUCGACCGCGACGGCUUCCUCUUCAGGUACAUCCUGGACUACCUGCGCGACAAGCAGCUGGCCCUGCCCGAGCACUUCCCGGAGAAGGAGCGGCUCCUCCGCGAGGCCGAGUUCUUCCAGCUGCCCGAGCUGGCCAAGCUGCUCUCGCCCAAGGUGCCCAAGCAGAGCUCGCUCAACGACGAGGGCUGCCAGAGCGACCUGGAGGAAGGCAGCGGCGGGGGCAGCCUCUCGCCGGCCGAGCUGCUCCCGCCCCACGCCCGCGGCCCCGCCGAGAAGCGCGCCGGCUUCCUCACCGUCGGCUACCGGGGCUCCUACACCGCCCUCCGCGACAACCAAGCCGACGCCAAGUUCCGCCGCGUGGCCCGCAUCAUGGUCUGCGGACGCAUCGCCUUGGCCAAGGAGAUCUUCGGAGAGAGCCUCAACGAGAGUCGCGACCCGGACCGGCCCCCCGAGAAGUACACCUCCCGCUUCUACCUGAAGUUCACCUACCUGGAGCAGGCCUUCGACCGCCUCUCCGAAGCCGGCUUCCACAUGGUGGCCUGCAACUCCACCGGCACCGCCGCCUUCAUCAACCAGUACCGAGAGGACAAGAUCUGGAGCAGCUACACCGAGUACAUCUUCUACAGACCACCUCAGAGAACAGUGUCUCCCAAACAUGAACAUGAAGAUCGGAAGCAUGAAAAAGUUGCAGACAAAGGAAGCGAGAGUGGGACUUCCUGCAAUGAGUUGUCCACCUCUAGUUGUGACAGCCACUCUGAAGCCAGCACUCCCCAAGAGAAUGCUUCUGGCACCCAGCCGUCAUCGGGGCACCAGCCAAACACUCUUACAUUGGAUCGUCCUUCUAAGAAAGCCCCGGUACAGUGGAUGCCACCACCAGACAAGCGUAGAAACAGUGAACUUUUUCAAACUCUCAUUAGCAAGUCCAGAGAGACAAAUCUCUCCAAAAGGAAGGUGUGUGAGAAGCUAAGUGCUGAAGAAGAGAUGAAGAAAUGUAUUCAGGAUUUUAAAAAAAUCCAUAUUCCGGAUUGUUUUCCUGAACGGAAACGCCCAUGGCAGUCUGAACUAUUACAAAAAUACGGGCUAUAGUUUUUAAAGUAUUUCAUGACAUGUCGUUGGUGCAUUAGCUGUUUACUAUGUUGCCAGUUUCUACUGAUGUACUUCUUUCUGGUCUACUCGUUGGAGUGAUUCCUGCUGCUUAAUUCUCUCUGUGAACUGGAUGUUGACUAGAACAUGGGUUGACUUUCCCCUCUUUUUUUAAAAAAAGAAAUAAUAACAUCAAAAGAAAGAACUGUGUGUUCUUUUAUAAUAGUUAAAAUUUGCAUGAUCGAGCCAUUUUGGGUUUCAGACUUCUCAUCUGUAAAACAGAUACAUCAUCAGAUAAUGCUUCAUUCUAAGAUUGUAAUAAUAGCGGUGAUAAAAAAUUCAACUGGUUGAAGAAGAAUGGGGCCUAUGAUAACAGAAUUAAAUGCAAGCACUUUUGAAAAAUGUUAAUACAAUAAAGCAAAUAUCUGUUUUGCAUGAACACAAUAGAAACAAGUAGAUCACACAAGAACAAGAGGUUCGUCUGCUGCUUGGAUAAAUAUUUUGUUCAAUACCAAGACUAUAAAUGUAAAAUGUCUUUGGAAUUGAACCUUGUGAGGAUUUGUGUGUGGCUGUGUGUUCGUUUUGUAAGGAUGGUGUAAAUAUGCCUUAUACUGUUUCAUGGUUGCACCAACAUUCAUCUGUUAAUGUUUGCCAGAACUAUUUCUGUCAAGUGCAAAACUAUCAGCAGAUUGUGAAAACUGAUGUGAUGGUCUGAAUUUUUUCUGUUUUCAUGUUAGUCAACAAAGAUGGAAAAAUAAAAAUAAAAAGACCUUAAUGUAUUUGUUAAAGAG